AUGAGGACCCAAGGACUUCUUUUUCUUUGUAACCUGGCUCUCGUGCAGGCACAGGGCGACAAUCAGACACCCACGCUAGACCCUGAUGUUAUCCAGGCUGGAUCCUUCACAGACGGCUCAGGUUCUCUGGGCGCCAAUGCAGACCAGGCGCCAUCGUUAACAUCGGAAAACAAUUUUAUCAACUUUUGCAAGGGACAAACGCUCACCAAUGGCUUACAGAUCACGGGGGGCUCGUGCAACGGCAUUGUGAUGGGUCAGAUUCCUUCCACCAACAACAUGAUCUCUGUAGUGAUCACAAAUCCGCAGAACGGGGAUGACAUUGAAUCUGGCCAGGACUUUGAUAUUGAGCUCCAGACAUCAAAUUUGGAAGCUGGCUCCUUCACUAAUGCCGCAGCAACCUACUACGCUGCACCACAACAAUUGGAAGGUGGUAACAUCGUCGGCCAUGUUCAUGUCACCGUGCAGGAUACGGGCUCGAAUCUGAACCCGACUCAACCUCUAGAUCCAACUCAAUUUGCCUUCUUCAAAGGCAUCAACGAUGCUGGUGACGGACAGGGAAAGCUCUCAGCGGCCGUGACCGGCGGACUACCAGCGGGGAAUUAUCGGUUAUGUACUCUCACCUCGGCCGCAAAUCACCAGCCUGUCAUUAUGCCUGUAGCCCAGCGAGGAUCUCAGGACGAUUGUGUCAGGUUUACCGUAUCUGGUAAUGUUGACACUAUCAACCCUGCGGCCAGCGAUGGUGAAAAUGGGUUGGCGGCGAAGGAUCAAAUUGCCGAAGCUGUGGCGCUCGGUCCUGGUGCUCCCGACCCUGGCGGUAAUGGUGGCGGCGGAGGAGGAAACAACAACAACGGCGGAGGCAACAAUGGCGGAGGAAACAAUGGUGGUGGAGGCAACAACGGCGGAGGCAACAACGGCGGAGGCAACAACGGCGGAGGCAACAACGGCGGAGGCAACAACGGCGGAGGCAACAACGGAGGUGGAGGAAACAAUGGGGGUGGAGGAAACAAUGGGGGUGGCGGAAACAAUGGCGGCGGAGGAAACAACGGCGGAGGAGGCAACAACGGCGGAGGAGGAAACAAUGGUGGUGGAGGAAACAACGGCGGAGGAGGAAACAACGGCGGAGGAGGAAACAAUGGCGGUGGAGGAAACAAUGGCGGUGGAGGAAAUAAUGGCGGUGGAGGAAAUAAUGGUGGUGGAGGAAAUAACAACAACAAUAACAACAACGGCGGGGGAGCUAACAACGGCGGGGGAGCUAACAACGGCGGGGGAGCUAACAACGGCGGCGGAGGAAAUAAUGGCGGGGGUAAUAACGGCGGGGGCAAUAAUGGCGGGGGCAAUAGUGAUGGUGAGAAUGACAACGGCGACGGCGGUAAUGGCGGUGGAGGGAAUAAUAAUGGUGGCGGCAACGGGGGCAACGGGGGGAACAAUGGCGGCAAGGGCAAGGGUAAUGCGGGCAACGAGGACGACGAAGACGAGGGCAACGGGGGGAACAACGCGGGUGGCCGCGGAAAGGGAAAAGGCAACAGGACAAACUCCGAAGCCUCUUCGACUCCUGUGGCCUCAGAAACAGCCUCCGAGACGGACUCCCCUGCAGAUCCUGCAGAAACUCCGCGAGCAGGGAGAGGGAGGGGACGGACAGACCGUCUGGCACGUCUCUCACGCCGGCGGCGAUUCAUAGCAUGA